AUACUUGGUCCCUGGCGCGCCUCAAGCCUGAACAUUUUGCCAUCGUAGAGUGGAAUUCUCGCACAAACUCUGUUACUUCGUUGCGCUCGCGGCCUCGUUCGAAUAGUCGCAAAGCGAGAGAGACGAUACAAAGAUCCGUUCUGCGAACAGAGGGUGCAGAGAUGGCCGACGACACCGGUUUGGUGCUCGCCGCCGCGCUAACAGGCGCGCUCUUCAUGGUGCUGCUCGUCCUGCUCGCCGUCGUUCUUGUCCGGCGGCGGUGGCGCGACCGCAACGCCGUCGCGUCAGGCGGCCGUUUCUUCCUGUUCGGCGUCUGUUUCCAUGACGACAUCGAGCGCAGGAUGUCCUUGGACAGGAGCCGGCGAAGGGCGGCCCGCGGCGGCGAGGAGGCGGAUGAUCAGGAGCCAGACGAGGGCGAGCUCGAGAGGUGGAAGAAGAUGUUCGGGGGGCCCAAUAGGUGCCUGUCCACGAUUGAGGAGGGCACGGAGAAGGGCACACCGGCGGCAACGCCGGCGUUCUGCACGCCACCAGCGUCGCCGGAGCGAAGAGACGCCAGGUCUGUGCAGGAGGCGUCUAGUGCGUGCUGAAAAGCUGAGGCUUGCUUAUCUUGCUCUCGUUAGCUACGAUUUGUUUAUGAGUACCACAAAAUGCGUUGGAAGUAGCGAGACAUAUGCACACUGCUAUUAGUGAAGCGAGGAGUACAUAUUAUUAUCAUCUUAUCAAUUCUGAUCAGAGUUAUGACACAAUUUGUGUAUCUUGAGCCUAUGUAACGCCAACACUGUAGACUGUAGUGCACUUUGUGGCGCAGCGCGGAACAA